AUGGCGGUGGCGGUGCCUCCGAAUGGGGCGGGGGGCUCGGGCUGGGCUUGGCGACCGGUGGCGCGGGACGCGCUUCUGGCGCGUGCGUAUCAUUCGUGCACUGAACUGCGGGGACGGUUCUAUCUGGUGGGGGGUCUCCUAACCGGAGGGACGAAAGAGCCCAGCAGUGACACCGUUGCCUUCGAUCCGGCUGGGGGCCAGGCGAUGAGGCUGGAAGCCCAGGGCGGUCCGAGGCGCAGCCAUCAUGGCGCGGCGCCUGUGGGCGGGCGCUGGCUCUGCGUGGUGGGCGGCUGGGACGGGUCGCGCCGCGUAGCCGCAGUGUCCGCCCUGGACGUGGAGCGUGGAGUGUGGGAAGCGUGGACCGCGGCCCCUGGCAACUGCCCGCCUGCUGGCCUCAGUAGUCACACGUGCACCCGCCUUUCCGACCGAGAGCUACGGGUGGCUGGCCGGGAGGGUGGUACCCGCACCCAGCGCCGCUAUGGAAGCAUCUACACGUUAAAGCUGGACCCCGCCGCUCGCACCUAUUGCUACAAAGAAGAAGGCUGCCACACGGCCUCACGCUCAGGACACUGUGCAGCCUUACUUCAAACUCCUGGGCCCCACCCAGCUCAUCGGCUAUUGCUCUUUGGGGGAUGCAACUCAGCUGAACCAGAAGUAGCUGGGCAUUGGAGUUAUGGGAAGAUUAAGGUAUUAUCUACUCACAACCUGCUUAGGGUAGAAGCCAGUCUCUUCCUUCUCCCCCAAGGAGGAACCACCUGUUGCCCCCCAUUUGAUGGAACAGAUUGCAAGACUUGUGAACAGUGGGCAGGGGUCCCAACAGGGGCCCCGGGGACUGCGGCAUCACUCGUGUUCCGUGGUGGGGCCCUUUGCUGUGCUGUUUGGUGGAGAAACUCUGACCAGAACUAG